GUGGCAGUAGACGGGGAGUCUUCGGGGCAGAGAAGAGCAACCAUGAACGUGGUGUUGGCAGUGAAGCAGUAUGUGUCCAAGAUGAUAGAGGACAGCGGGCCGGGGAUGAAGGUUCUGCUCAUGGACAAGGAGACGGAGAACGUGGAAUAUCUGAUCAAGGAGCUGCGCAGGCCCAAGUACAGCGCCUACUUCCUCUGUGAGUACUCACAUGUUGUAUUUCAGGGCCGGAACUGGGAUCCCUUCCAACUGUCCAGAGCAACCCAAGGCCUCACCGCGCUGCUCCUGUCCCUGAAGAAGUGCCCCAUGAUCCGGUAUCAGCUCUCCUCAGACAUGGCUAAGAGGCUGGCCGAGGGUGUGAAGCAAGUCAUUACGAAGGAGUACGAGCUGUUUGACUUCCGUCGUACCGAAGUGCCCCCCUUACUCCUCAUCCUGGACCGCUCCGAUGACGCCAUCACACCCCUGCUCAACCAGUGGACGUACCAGGCCAUGGUCCACGAGAUGCUCGGCAUCAAUAACAAUCGCAUAGACCUGUCCCGCGUUCCGGGGAUCAGUAAGGAUCUGAAGGAGGUCGUCCUGUCUGCGGAGAACGAUGAAUUCUACGCUAAUGUGAGUUCUCGGGGGUCCCGGGCGGAGUGUGUGGGGAAGGCUCUCUCUCUCUCUGUGGAUUUCCAGAAAAAGAAGCCGAAGGAGCAGCAGAAGCUGGAAUCCAUCACAGACAUGAAGGCCUUCGUAGAGAACUACCCGCAGUUCAAGAAAAUGUCCGGCACGGUGUCCAAGCAUGUGACGGUGGUGGGGGAGCUGUCACGAUUGGUCAGCGAGCGCCACCUGAUGGAGGUCUCGGAGGCGGAGCAAGAGCUGGCCUGUCAGAACGACCACUCCACUGCCCUGCAGAACGUGAAGCGUCUCCUCCAGAACCAGCGCCUGGCCGAGCUGGACGCCGUCCGCCUGGUGAUGCUCUACGCUCUGCAUUACGAGCGGCACAACAGCAACGCUCUGCACAGUCUGACGGCUGACCUCCGCAGCCGCGGCGUAUCCGAGAAGUACCGCAGGGGGGUGGAGAACGUGUACACCCAGCACCAGCCGCUCCUCCUGGAAACCCUGGACAAGCUGAUCAAAGGGAAGCUGAAGGAUAACACGUACCCCUAUGUGGGGCCGAGCACACUGCGGGACAGGUGAGGCUCCUGAGGGAACAUCGGCCUAUGUGGGGGCGGGCACACUGCGGGACAGGUNNNAACUGUCUACAACCUGAAUCGGGCAACCCCGGGCGUACGCAUCAUCCUGGGCGGGACCGCCAUUCAUAACACCAGGAGGAAGUACAGCCCCCACCGCUCAGACACCGCGGAGGCCCCGGUAAUGCCAAAUCUACAGCUCAGGACCCCCGAUGACUGGCCAGACCCGACCAGUGCCGCUGUGACCCGUUCCCUCUGUGUCCGAGCUCCGCUCCGGGAGAUUAGAGACCCGUCUGCGCUCAGUCAUUGUGGAGAUCCGGAGUUCGCAGAACAGCCGCAGUGUGCGGAGGAAGGAAGAGGCCGGAGAUCCAACGGAGGAUGA